AAAGGCAGAAAAAAGCGGUGAGGAGUCAUUACACGAAUGCACACUGCUCCGGUCUGAUCUUCAACUCGUUAUCAGCUCAUCUCAUCAGUAAAACAUCAUGUCUGGAAGAGGAAAGAGUGGAAAGGCCCGAACCAAGGCAAAGACUCGCUCAUCCCGUGCUGGUCUUCAGUUCCCAGUGGGACGUGUUCACCGAUUUCUUCGAAAGGGCAGCUAUGCACAGAGGGUAGGCGCUGGAGCACCCGUCUACAUGGCUGCAGUAUUGGAGUACCUGACUGCCGAGAUCUUGGAACUCGCCGGUAAUGCUGCUCGUGACAACAAGAAGUCUAGGAUCAUCCCUCGUCACCUUCAGCUCGCCGUACGCAACGACGAGGAACUGAACAAACUCUUGGGUGGUGUGACAAUCGCACAAGGUGGUGUACUGCCAAACAUCCAAGCCGUGUUGCUUCCAAAGAAGACCGCUAAAUCAAGCUAGUUUGCCUCGGCCGGCGAACCCCCAUUUUCAACGGCCCUUAUCAGGGCCACCAAGUAUUCACGAAAGAAUCGUUGUUGUUUUCUUUUCAUUGGUAUCCAUCCCUCUUUCUCCCUCACUAACUCUAUACAUACAGAUAAGGUAAAUGACGUGACGGAUAAGAAAAAUGAAUAAUGACAAGUAGAUUAGAAGUAAAAUGAUGUCAAAUAAAUAAAUGAAUAAAAAAAAUAAGCAGAGUUCAGGGAGGCUCAUCAAGUUAAUUUGAAUAAAAUUCACCAAAACUUAGUAACAUGAAAUUUCAAAUAACGGGGUUGCACUGGAAGGGAAAAUA